AGUUUCCGCUUCCUAUCCAUGGAACGUUUACGUACGUUUUAAAUUUGAAACGAUUCUGUUGAAAUUAAAGAAAAGUUGUGUUUUUAACUACAGUGUCACAUUUAAAUGCUUAAAAAUCAGUGAGGAUGGCAGGCUAAGUUGAGCGAAUACCGCAAUUCGAUUCCAACGAGUGCUUGCUGCUACGAACGAAAUUUCGUAAGUUUGCAGCGUCUUGUGUUUUAAGACAAAAUGGCAGCGAACAGAAUACUUUCACCUUUAUUAAGUAAUCUGAGACAUUUUGCUCGUUUAAAGGGUUCCAAAGAGAUCACUUUUGAGACAGUUCGAGCAUUUUACAUACAACUCCACUGCUUUUAUACUACCUGUGAAGGUCUGCACGAUUACAAUGAAAUACAACUCCUUAAAGAUUGCAGUGUAGAAUAUGUGAAUUGUGUCGAUCAUUUACUGGAGGCAGGUAUAAUUGAUGAGCGUGACAACAUUAAACUUUUACGUCACAUGUUGGAAAUCCUGGUGACACUUUCAACAAUCGAAGGUAUCAGGGAUGCCUAUGUCAAGUUGAUCGUUGUUCCACUUAUUGAAAAAGCAAGCGAACCUGAUGAGCGCUUCUACUUUAGUAAGGAGCUGCUUAAAUUGGUUUAUCUAAUGGUGGAGAAGGUUAGCAGUGAGGUUAAAGAAAGUAUUGUGAACGACAGUGCCUUACAGUUUUUCAAACUAGUUGAUAUGUUAAGCAUAUGCGCUGAUUACGAACAUCAGUUCACCAUAAUGAAAAUCAUUUUUUGUUUAUUCUCGGAUGAGCAGUUAGAAAGUUUUGCCAACAUGAUGUUUCCCGAACCUGGCACAGUGGCAAGCGAUUUCAAGAAUGUCAGCCGUCAAAAUUUCUACAACGAUAUUAGACACUUUUUGAACAAUUUUAAUUCGAAGAGUCAACGAAUAAAGUCGUUCAAAUUCAAAAGUGCAUUAUUGGAUUCAUAUAUAGUAACUGCCCCAAAUUUGCUCGAUGAUCACAUUUGGGUCGAUUUUAAUGUUGCAAUUAAGUCUAUUACAAUUCUUUGUAACAAAGCUUCAUUAACUGUCGAUAAUUUGAUUGAAGAUGACGACGAAAUCACUAUUUAUUUUGAUAGUGUGAAAGGAGUAAAUGUAUUACAAUUGAAACAAGAUGAUUCGCCAGCAUCAAUUCGAAGCGUUAUAAGAUUUAAACUUGGGGCACCAUGUGCUGUUCUCUACAAAAAAGACGCCGUAACGGCUAAUUAUUUAAACUUAAUUAUUUCUAAUAGCACUGAUUUAAAUGAGUUAAAAAACGAAGUUUUGCCAUUGAUUCUUGCGGACCGCAAGGAGGGAAAAUCACAGGAGUGUGAUCAGUUGGUAGAUAACUCAACAGAUGAACAAAAAGUAACAUUAGGAGAUUGUUCAUUACAAACUUUAGAAGAAAAACAUACAGACAGUGACAUUAAACCACACAUUGUUAUAGGAUAUCCCUAUGAUACACCUUCAGUAUCUGACGGAAUUUCAAUAACAGCAAUGAAAGAACUAGAAAACGAGAAUUUUGAUAAAUCCCCAAGCAUUAGACUAAAACGAACUGUGCCCCGAUUAGCAGUUUUAGUAGCGACUUCAAAUGUUGAGUCCAUUAACGAUGGAAUAAGUUUGAAUGAUAAAAAACUGACUAGCCAAAGUGGGUCAUCAUUGGAUUUAACAUUAAAUCGUAGUGAAAUCUGCAAUUCGUUUAACAUAUCUGGCAUUUCUUCCAUUGAAAGUGUCGCACUCCAUAAAUCAGUAAGUGAUAUCGCCUCAUUGAACAAAGCCGACGAUAAUGCUUUUAAUGAAAAUGCUCUGUCGGCCAAAAUACACCUUGGCAAUUAUAAAGAAUUCUAUACAAAUUCUGGCAAGGACUCACUUGCAAGUAUUCUUAAAACACAAGAUUUAAAUAACUACUUCAACUGUGAGUCUGUAGCUCACAAGGAAAGGACGCCUGAAAACUUAACCUGUAAUGAUAGAUCAAUAUCUUCAAAGGCAGGAUCACACGAUCCACGAUACUCAAAUGACCAUGGCGCUUCCGCUGAAUUGACAGACAUGGCAGAAGUUAAUGACAAUCAUUUCCUAGAACCAGAAUCGGAGAGCUACAAAUCCUGCAGUGACACUGAUUAUGUGCGCGAUAAAGAUGUAGUAGCAGAGUGUGUCGAAAAAAAUAUUGAGCAAUUGGCAGCAAGUAAUGAAUAUCAUUUCCUAGAACCAGAAUCAGAGAGCUACCAAUCCUGCAUUGACACUGAUUCUGUGCGCAAUAAAAAUGUAGUAGCAGAGUACGCCGAAGCAAAUAUUGAGGAGUUACAAUCUGCAACAGUAGAUGGUUUGAGCCACUCAACGUCUUACGAUAAUUACUCUCAAAGCACAGUAAUUAUAGCAUUGACAAAUGAAUCGUAUGAUGCAAGCACGGUUAUAAUACCACCUCAAGUUGAGAAAAUUAGUUUGAAUGAGAUGUCGUUGGAUUGUGCCAUGGAACCAAAACAAAGCUCAGAGGAUAAGCAACAAUCUCCUGAAGCUGUUCAAUCCGCUUGUUCAACGAUAAGAAUUGAUGAAAACAAAAAGUUAGGUACAAAGAAAUACAAAGACAGUAAAAUACCUGUGCGUCAAUCGAUAAAAAAUAAAAAAACAGAUGAAAGUAUACACCAUCCAGCUGAUGAUAUAAUUCCGCCAGCACAAAUUAACAGUGGAACUAAUUUAAGCGAUAAUGUUACCAAUAAUAUGUCUGAAAUAGCAAAACUAGAUAAAUUGUCAGAAAUAGAUACAAGUUCUAGAGAAAAAAAUGAGAUGCUAUUAUCCUCGCCAAAGAAAACGCGAAUACAGACCCUAAGAAUCAAACAUGCUGGUGAUGAGGAAAAAGAGAACCGAAUAAAUAAGAAAAGUUUGUCACGUGAAAAAGAAGAAAAGGUAAUAAGGGAUGGAAUUUUAAAAAAUGCAGUCGCAAAACCUAUUAAUGAAGAAGGUUUGAAAAUGGAUAGUAAGAUGAUUACAAAAUCCAAAGAAAAGAAAGAGACGCCAGAUAAAGGAAGAAAUCGAGAUGUUGACAGCCCAAUGUCGCAGAUAUCACAAAAGAAAGUUCCUAGUUCAGAAAAAAGAAAAUAUAACGAAACGGAUAAGUUAGACAGCCCAAUGUCACAGAUAUCACAAAAGAAAGUUCCUAGUUCAGAAAAAAGAAAAUAUAACGAAACGGAUAAGUUAGUGUAUGAAGAGAAGAUAACACCGUUUGAGGAACAGAGCAAAACUGUUUCGCCAUCAAAGUCUCCCAGAAAAACUGAACCGAGCAAAGAUGAUCUGUUUAAAUCGAUAGAAAUUACUAAAAAAAUAUAUAAGCAAAUGAUCGAAAAUGCGAAGUAUUUAAAGGUGGAGAUUAGUAUUGAGUGCCAAAAUGCUGUAAAGGCAUAUCUCACAAAACAAAGGUCGUCUAAAAAAUCUAGUUGGCGGAAACUACACAACCCAAAUGCUAUGUUUCCUGCAAACUGUACAGAUGAUUUGAAAGCGCACCGAGAAACUACUGGAAAUAAAGUUGCUAAUGAUAUUGAAAUGAUCACUGCAGUGGAUAUUGAAAAAGACUGUAUUCCAAAGAAACGUGAAAAUUCUGUCAGUUUGUGUAACAUAUCUUCUAGAACACACCCGUAUACUCCGUCUAAAAAGAUUAGUUGGCGGAAAUUACACAACCCAAAUGCAGUGUUUGCACCAAACUGUGCCAGUGAAUUGAAUCAAGAAACCGCUGAAGAUCAAAUCCCUCCUUCUUCUAAUAUGUCCGCUGCAGUGGAAAUUGAAGAAAACCAUAUUCCAAGCAAACCAAUUGACUUGUCUAAAAAUCCUGUCAGUUUGUGUAACAUAUCUUCUAAGACAUACCCUUAUACUCCAUCUAAAAGGAUUAGUAUGCGGAAAUUAUAUGACCCAAAUACAGUUGUGUUUGCACCAAACCAUGCAAAUGAUUUAAAUCCGCAGGAAGAAAUCACUGAGGAUAAAAUCCCUCAUUCUUCUGUCAUCGAAAUGACCACUGCAGUGGCAAUUGAAGAUGUCCCAAUGUCCCAAAAUUCUGGCAGUUUGUGUAAAAUAUCUUCUAAGACACACCCUUAUACUCCGUCUAAAAAGAUUAGUUUGCGCAAAUUACACAACCCGAAUACAGUGUUCACACCAUACUGUGCAAGUGAUUUGAAUCCGCAGCGAGAAAUCACUGAAGAUAAAAUCCCACAUUCUUCUAAGGUCAUUGAAAUGACCACUGCAGCAGAAAUGGAAGAAAGCCAUAUUCCAAACAAGCCACUCGACAUGUCUGAAAAUUCCUUGAGUUUGUGUAACAUAUCUCCUGUGAUACACAACUCUCUUGUUGCAGUUCAGCAGUGCAAUACAAAUGUAAACAAGGGAAAAGGGACCACAAAACAAAUACCUGUAAUCGAUUGUACAAAACAAAUGAAGGGUCAGAUUAAUAUACUACAAAAUACUGUUAUAAAACCUCCACCGAUAAAAAAUAUCACUCCUUUGUCAAAAUCUCUAGGCACAAAUAAAGUAGCUUCUGCUACUGCCCCCAAACAACAUAUCGACGAACCGCUUAGAUUGGGAACAUUAGAUAACUUCGAAGAAGUUUUAGAGAAUAAAGAAUUUAUGGUGUUUCUGAAAUCGAUUCGCAAAGCCAUAGUGGAAGGUACUCGACAAAAUCGGACCAGAUGUUAUACAUACGAAUCUAUCGACAAAACGAACUGUCCUAAAUUAAAUGUGAAGGAAGUCUUAAAUGAGACUGGCGAUGAUUGUGAAGGUAUUUUGAGACAGUAUGGUGAUGCUUGUAAGAAAGUUCAGAAGUUCUUGUCUAGUCACCAAACAAAAGAAAUGGUUCCUCAAUUUAAGAGAACAUCACGAGCUAUUCUCCAAGCAAAUGCUACAUUAUGUGACCGACUGAUUAAAGUGGAUCCCAAUGUCAAUAAAUUGGGACAAUGCACUGUAAGUAAAGAAAUGAAGAAGCACUUACAUAAAUAUGUUAAGUAAACUUAUUUAUUCAUAAGUAAAUUGUUAAUAGAUUAUCUAUUAAAAACUGUGUUCCUAUUUGAAUUUGUUAAUUUCUUUGAUUCAUUUUAUAGCUUAACGCCUAACAAUUAGUAGGUAUA